AUGGGGGCUGCCCAUCCACAGCCGGGACUCGCCAGCACCCGGCUCACCCGAACCUCUCCUGCCCCGGGACCGGCAGCUCCGGGACUCCCCAAAACGCCGAUCGCAGCUCUGGGCGGGCAGAACAGCCGGGCUCGGGCAGAGACCUGCGGGGAGCGCAGAGCGCGGCGGGUGAGGCCGGGCGAGCGAGGGGCAGGUCCCGCCGGGGACACCGCGAUCACCGGCCCGGUACCGGCCGGACCGGCACGGGCCAGCGAGAGCCCCGCGGCCACAAACCCCCGGUACCGGCCGGACCGGCACGGGCCAGCGAGAUCCCCGCGGACACAAACCCCCGGUACCGGCCGGACCGGCACGGGCCAGAGAGAGCCCCGCGGACACAAACCCCCGGUACCGGCCGGACCGGCACGGGCCACCGAGAGCCCCGCGGCCACAAACCCCCGGUACCGGCCGGACCGGCGAGAGCCCCGCGGCCACAAACCCCCGGUACCGGCCGGACCGGCACGGGCCAGCGAGAGCCCCGCGGACACAAACCCCCGGUACCGGCCGGACCGGGCACGGGCCAGCGAGAGCCCCGCGGACACAAACCCCCGGUACCGGCCGGACCGGCACGGGCCAGCGAGAGCCCCGCGGACACAAACCCCCGGUACCGGCCGGACCGGCACGGGCCAGCGAGAGCCCCGCGGACACAAACCCCCGGUACCGGCCGGACCGGGCACGGGCCAGCGAGAGCCCCGCGGACACAAACCCCCGGUACCGGCCGGACCGGCACGGGCCAGCGAGAGCCCCGCGGACACAAACCCCCGGUACCGGCCGGACCGGCACGGGCCAGCGAGAGCCCCGCGGACACAAACCCCCGGUACCGGCCGGACCGGCACGGGCCAGCGAGAGCCCCGCGGACACAAACCCCCGGUACCGGCCGGAGCCGCUCCCGCCCCUCGGGGCACCGGGGCGAUCCGAGCCGGGCCCGCGCUGCCCGAACCGGCUCCGGGCCGGCACCGGCACUCGGUACCGAGCGGGCAAAAGCUGCUGCGCUGCCGGACGGGCCGAUGGCGAGCUGGCCGGGCCUCAGACAGCCCCGGCACCGGCACCCGAGGGGCUCUGCCCGGGGGGCUCCGUGCCCGGGGGGCUCCGUGCCCGGGGGGCUCCUCCCGCCGCCCGCCCAGGGCCCUGCCAGCAACAGGACGCGCCCCGACCUUCCCGGGACCCCCCUUCCCCCGGGAUCCCCCUCCCCUCGGUACCCCUCCUUUCCCCGGGACCCCCCCGCCCCUCGGAUCCCCCUCCCUCGGUACCCCCGCCCCUCGGAUCCCCCUCCCUCGGUACCCCCUCCCGUCCCCCCCGUUCCCGGCCCGUCCCGCACCACGCGGCCGCUCCCGCCGCCGCUUCCGCAGGAAAGGACCCGGGCCGGCGCUGCGGCGGGAGGAGCCGCCGGCAGGAUCCGCCUGCGAGCGCCGCAUUGGCCUGGAGCCCCUUGGGAACCGCCCCCGACCGGCCCGAAUGGUCAUUGAUCCCAUCGGAACCGCCCGCACCGCCCCCGACCGGCCCGGAUGGUCAUUGAUCCCAUCGGAACCGCCCUCCCGAGCGGCCCGAAUGGUCAUUGAUCCCAUCGGAACCGCCUCCGACCUGCCCGAAUGGUCAUUGAUCCCAUCGGAACCGCCCGCACCGCCCCCGACCGGCCCGGAUGGUCAUUGA